UUAGGUCAGACUUUUUUAAAAAAUGAGUUCUUUGUUUCAAUUAGUUUUCAUAUUUCCAAAUUAAUCUGUACUUCACUAAGUUGUAUUAUAGGCAUCCUUAUAGAAAAGGAACUUUUACUAUAUCAAAACUUUCCAUAUAUCUAUAAUAUAUUGUCCAUGUUGGGUCUUAUAUAUAUUAACCUAGAUUUAGCUAUUAUAUAGUAUUAAUAAUUUUGUUAUUAAGUAAUUCUUUGACUUUUAAAGAACCUUCUUUUUCGUGAUGCUAGGCAUCUCCACCCAUGACAAAAGCUAACCAAGCUUCAAAUACACGCGACACUCAAUUGUUAUUUAGUGUCCAAUCUAGUCAUCAGUCAUACGAAGCGAUACUAGCCACUAGUCGGUGACAAUUAACGUGUUCAAUCGGCAUGAAAACCAUGUCGAAGUCAUCUAAAAAGUCGCAAAAUUAUAUAGACAGGUAGCUCAUUGUCAGUUGGAUUCAGUUUAGUUGCGGCUUCUAAAGCGAAAGGUUUACAUUUAGGAACAUAUUAUAUACAUAUCUCACAGUUUUUAAAUAAUGUUCAUUAAACUAAUUUUGUUGGGAAUAAUUUGGUGUAACGGCAUUUUUAUGCCUGGCAAAGCACAAAAUCUGGUCGAUCGUUUGAGGCCAGUUGCAAAUGUGACGCGUUUCGAUGACGGCAUUAAAGUUGUUUCCGGUACCAAAGUGAAGCGCUAUGAGCGUCUCACAGUUCCCCUCGGUGGAAUCGGACCCGUUGGCUUAGGAUCGGUCGGUGUCGGCGGAGGAGCAGCUGGACUAUUGGGACCUCUUUUGAAUCCACAGCCUGCUUAUUUGGGUUACGCCUAUCAUGUGCCGCAGUGGUUAGCUGGUGCUAAGCUAAUGGGUGAUGGUGAAGGAGCCAGCGAUGUGGCUGGCAUGAUAACAUUCCAGCAAUUGCCCUACAAUAGUGACAUCAAAGUGACCAUCAAUGUGACGGGCUUGCCACCGGGCAAACAUGCUCUCCAUAUUCACAGCUAUGGUGAUUUGAGUGAUGGCUGCAAAUCAACAGGUGGACAAUUUCCAAAUAAUUUUCUCGGCAAUGUGGACACCAAGGAGGAUGGCAGCAUCUCGGGAGUUUUUAUGAGCAUUUAUCUGCAAUUAUUUGGUUUUAAUGGCAUUGUGGGUCGUUCCAUUGUGAUUCAUAGCAAGCCAAUAGAUUUAAAUACAGCUCUCAAUGCUGAGGUGUUCUCAUCCUCGUUGCAGGCCAUGCCCAAUGCCUUGGCCUAUCAGAAUGAGGAGAAUUCGGUGGGCCCGGCCAUAGCAUGUGGAGUGAUAAGUCUCAUGAGCAGCAGCAGCUCGGCAGUUAUGGCAAGCACCAGUACAGCGGAGAAGAAAGAGAUUUAAAUGUUUUGUUUGGACGAAAUGUAAGAGAUCAAAAUAAAUUGUAGUAAGGAAAA